AUGGAGAGGAAGGAGAAGGACAGUGCAGUUGCAGAAGUGAAGAUCAACCACAGAGGCUGGGCAACCAUGCCUUACAUUUUAGGAAAUGGGGCGUUCGAGAAUCUGGGAACGUCCGGUACGUCGUCGAACUUGCUGGUCUAUCUAACCACCGUCUUCCACAUGAAGAGCGUAACCGCCGCCGUCGUCAUCACCGCGUUCAAUGGCUCCACCAACCUAGCACCUCUCGCCGGAGCAUUCAUCUCCGACAGUGUCUGUGGGCGCUAUGCUACCUUGGGCUUCGCAUGCUUAUCCACUCUUCUGGGCUUGUUCGUUCUGACGCUCAGCGCCGCCGUGCCCAAGUUGCACCCUGGCCACUGCCACGAUGGCAAGGCAUGCAACGACCCGACGGCGGGGCAACUCGCCGUUCUCUUCGCGAGUUUCAUGUUCCUGGUGAUGGGCGCCGGCGGCGUCCGGCCCUGCAACUUGGCCUUCGGCGCCGACCAGUUCGACUCCGGAACGGAGCCCGGCAAGCGAAACAUCAAAAGCUUCUUCAACUGGUACUACUUCACGUUAACCGUCGCAAUGGUGAUCUCCUCCACCGUCAUCGUCUACGUGCAGAGCAACGUGAACUGGGCGCUCGGCCUCGCCAUCCCCACCCUGCUCAUGGCCUUCGCCUGCGCCUUCUUCUUCCUCGGCUCCCGCAUGUACGUCAAGGUGCGUCCCGAGGGCAGCCCCUUGACAGGCGUCGCGCAAGUCCUCGUAGCCGCCUUCCGGAAGCGAUCCCUGCCGCUGCCGGAAUCGAGCUCUCUGUUCAAUCCUCCCCAUCUUAGUUCACUCGUCUCAAAACUCCCUCACACUGGUCAAUUUCGAUUUCUUGACAAAGCUGCGAUUUUGACUCCAACUGACGAAAUCAACCAAAAUGGUUCUGCUGCAAACGGGUGGAGACUCGGCAGCGUUCAACAAGUCGAGCAAGUUAAGUGCUUGGUGAGGAUCAUGCCGAUUUGUUUCACCAUCAUCGCCUUCCAAAUCGCUCUCGCGCAGCAAUCCACCUACGGUGUCUUUCAGGCCGUGCAAUCCGACCGCCGGCUCGGCAACUUCUACGUCCCCGCCGCCUCCUUCUACGUCUUCUCCAUGGUCGCCAUCACCAUAUGGAUCCCCAUCUACGACCGCUUCGUCAUCCCCCAGCUCCAGCGCAUCACAGGCAGAGAGGGAGGUAUCACCUUGCUCCAAAGAAUGGGCGUCGGCCUCAUCCUCGGCGUGGCAUCAAUGCUCGUCGCCGGUCUGGUGGAAGAGAGACGACGGAGAAUCGCGCUUCGCAGUUCGAUUGCUCCGGGAGCCACCGACGCCGUCUCGCCCAUGUCGAGCUUCUGGUUGGCCCCGCAGAUGGUUCUGAUGGGGCUGGGGGAGGUAUUCGCCCUGAUCGGGCAAAUCGACUUCUGCUACAGCCAGUUCCCGGAGAACAUGAGGAGUCUCGCUGGCAGCAUGAUGUUUCUGACGCAGGCCUGCGCGAGUUACAGCAGCAGCUUGCUGAUUACGGUCAUCCACCGAGUCACUGGUGAACAUGAGAAUAACAACUGGCUGGCGUCGGAUCUUAACGAGGGGAGAUUGGACCUGUACUACUUCUUGAUUGCUGCGUUGGGAGGGUUCAAUUUCGUUAUCUUCGUUGUCUGCGCGAAGUGGUACAGGUACAAGAGCUCGGAGAAAGACCAUGAGCUAGCCUUGCACUGCACCGAGGAAACUAAGGCGGUUAAAGAUAAUGUAAUCUGA